AAUUAACAGAUUCCAAGUUUACGUUUGAUCAUACCUGUGACAGUGUGACAUCAUUUAUCAAGUUUAGAUUUCAGUUUAAUUUUAUUAAGUGUUAUAUUCUGUAGUUACAAUGGCUGGGUCUGCUCUUCGACGUUUAAUGGCCGAGUACAAACAACUUACCUUGAAUCCACCUGAAGGUAUUGUAGCUGGUCCUAUCAACGAAGAGAAUUUUUUUGACUGGGAAUGCCUCAUUGUGGGACCUGACGGAACAUGUUUUGAGGGUGGUGUUUUUCCAGCAAAAUUAACAUUUCCAACUGAUUAUCCAUUAAGCCCACCAAAGAUGCAGUUUACUUGUGAAAUGUUUCAUCCUAACAUCUAUUCAGAUGGAAGGGUUUGCAUUUCCAUUUUACAUGCUCCAGGUGAUGAUCCCUUAGGAUAUGAAUCUAGUGCUGAACGAUGGAGUCCUGUUCAGAGUGUGGAAAAGAUUCUACUUUCAGUCAUCAGCAUGUUGGCAGAACCUAAUGAUGAGAGUGGAGCAAACAUUGAUGCUGCAAAAAUGUGGCGAGAAAACCGAGCUGAAUUUGAUCGCAUUGCAACUCGAAUCGUUCGGAAAUCAUUGAAUAUUCCCUUGUAAUAUGUACAAUAUAAUAAAAGAAAAAUUAUGAAA